AUGAGCAACGUGUAUGAUGUUGUUGUCAUCGGUGGAGGCAUCUCAGGUCUUACGGCUGCUAAGUUGCUUGUGGAAUCAGGGCUUAAUGUUGUAGUACUGGAAGCACGGAACAGAGUUGGGGGAAGAACACAUACAAUUAGGAACAAAGAAGUCCAGUAUGUUGAUGUCGGUGGAGCAUAUGUUGGACCAACUCAAAAUCGUAUUUUACGAGUGGCAAAGGAAUUGGGUGUAAAAACAUACAAAGUCAAUAUUCAGCAAAGGCUUAUCCAUCAUGUAAAGGGUAAAACAUAUGGAUUUCAUGGGUCUUUCCCUCCAUCAUGGAAUCUUUUAGUGAUUUUGGAUUAUAAUCAUCUAUGGAGGACAAUCGAUGAAUGGGGAAAAGAGAUUCCUGUGGAUGCCCCGUGGAAAGCUCCUCAUGCAUUGGAGUGGGACAAGAUGACGAUGAAGGAGUUUAUUGACAAAGUUUGCUGGACAAGAGCAGCUAAAAGAUUUGCUCAGCUAUUUGUGAAUGUGAAUGUCACCUCCGAAAUACAGCAUGUUUUCUGUUCUGUGGUUCCUGUGGUACACAAAACUUUGUGGAGGAACAGAUCGCAUGUUUUCUGUGGACAAUGGAGGCCAGGAAAGGAAGUUUAUUGGAGGAGCAGGACAAAUAAGUGAGAAGAUAAUGGAGCUUCUUCAGGAUCGAGUCAAGCUUCAAAGACCAGUAGUCAGACUUGACCAGUCUGGGGAAAAUGUCACUGUGGAAACCUUAAACCAUGAAACCUAUCAUGCCAAGUAUGUUAUCAGUGCUAUACCGCCAGGUCUAACUACCAAAAUCCAUUUCAAUCCAGAGUUGCCAGCCACUAGAAAUCAGCUAAUACAGAGACUUCCCAUGGGAUCUGUUAUAAAAACCAUGAUGUACUACAAGGAAUCAUUUUGGAGAAAACUGGAUUACUGUGGUGCUAUGUUCAUUGAGGAUGAAAACACUCCUGUUGAGAUUGCACUGGAUGACACCAAACCUGAUGGUUCUUGCCCAGCCAUCAUGGGCUUUAUUUUAUCCAGGAGGGCCACUGCACUGACACAUCUUACCAAGGAAGACAGAAAGAAAAGAAUAUGUGAAUACUAUGCCAAAGUCUUUGGUACUAAAGAAGCAUUGCAACCUGUGCAUUAUGAAGAGAAGAACUGGUGUGAAGAACAGUACUCCGGUGGAUGUUACACAGCCUAUUUCCCUCCAGGUGUAAUGACUCAAUAUGGAAGUGUCAUUCGACAGCCUGUUGGGAAGAUUUACUUUGCUGGCACUGAAACUGCCACACAGUGGAGUGGAUAUAUGGAAGGUGCAGUGCAGGCUGGCGAGAGAGCAGCAAGAGAGGUAUAA